GUCCAAACAUUGUCCGCACAUUGAAAGUGAAAUUGUCAGUGGCAUUGGCUGAGCUAUCCUUUCGGACAGGAUAUGCCCCAUUCAGUUGUAAUUUGUAGUUCGUGGCGUGCAGUCAAUUGCUGAGAUCUCGGAACGGUAUCCCCCACCCUAUGUGCCCGCUGCCAUGUUGGAUGUUUGCUUAAAGACUUUCAAAUAUUUAUGGAUUCUCGUACUGUUGACGCUUCUAAGCAAUUGGAAUCAAGAGAUAGUGGCCCAGACGACGCAAAAUAUUAAUGUGUUCUUCAUCAAUGAGGUGGACAACGAGCCGGCGGCCAAGGCAGUGGAUGUGGUGCUGACUUAUCUGAAGAAAAAUAUGCGCUAUGGCCUGUCCGUGCAGAUUGAAUCGAUUGAGGCCAAUAAAACGGAUGCCAAGGUGCUGCUGGAAGCAAUUUGCAACAAGUAUGCCGAAAGCAUUGAGAAGAAAAUGAUGCCCCAUUUGAUUCUGGACACUACCAAGUCGGGCGUGGCCUCGGAGACGGUGAAGAGUUUCACCCAGGCGUUGGGACUGCCCACCAUUAGCGCCUCGUAUGGUCAAGAGGGGGAUCUGCGGCAGUGGCGUGACCUGGAUGAUGCCAAGCAAAGGUAUUUGCUGCAGGUGAUGCCACCGGGAGAUAUUAUACCCGAGGUCAUACGGAGCAUUGUGCGGCGACUCAAUAUUACCAAUGCUGCCAUCCUCUACGACGAAACCUUUGUCAUGGAUCACAAGUACAAGUCCCUGCUGCAGAACAUCCAAACUCGUCAUGUCAUCACAGCCAUUGCCACGGAGGGCAAGCGGGAGCGCGAGGAGCAAAUCGAAAAGCUGCGCAAUCUGGACAUCAAUAAUUUCUUCAUUCUGGGCAAUCUGCAGUCCAUACGCAUGGUCCUCGAGUCCGUGAAGCCUGCGUACUUUGAGCGCAACUUUGCCUGGCACGCCAUCACCCAGAACGAGGGCGAGGUGAGCAGCCAGCGGGACAAUGCGACGAUUAUGUUCCUCAAGCCCAUGGCGUAUACACAAUUUCGGGAUCGUUUGGGCCUGCUACGCACAACUUACAAUCUGAAUGAGGAGCCACAGUUGGCGUCGGCUUUUUACUUUGAUUUGGCGCUGCGGAGUUUUCUGACCAUCAAAGAAAUGCUUCAAUCGGGCGCCUGGCCCAAGGACAUGGAGUAUCUGAACUGUGACGACUUUCAAGGCGGCAACACGCCCCAACGGAAUCUUGAUCUACGCGAAUACUUCACCAAGAUAAGCGAACCCACUUCGUAUGGCACCUUUGAGCUGGUCACGCAACCGAAGCAGCCGUUCAAUGGCUUCAGCUACAUGAAGUUCGAAAUGGACAUAAAUGUGCUGCAGAUACGUGGCGGCAGUUCGGUGAACAGCAAAUCGAUUGGCACAUGGACAGCAGGACUGGACACUCCACUGACAGUCAAGGAUGAGGAGCAAAUGAAGAAUCUGACAGCGGAUACGGUGUAUCGGAUCUAUACUGUUGUGCAAGCUCCCUUCAUCAUGCGCGAUGAGACUGCUCCGAAAGGAUACAAAGGCUACUGCAUCGAUCUGAUCAACGAGAUUGCGGCCAUUGUACACUUUGAUUACACCAUCCAAGAGGUGGAGGAUGGCAAGUUCGGCAACAUGGAUGAAAAAGGCGAAUGGAAUGGCAUUGUCAAGAAACUCAUCGACAAGCAGGCGGACAUUGGUCUGGGCAGCAUGUCCGUGAUGGCUGAGCGUGAGAUUGUCAUUGACUUUACGGUGCCGUACUACGAUCUGGUGGGCAUCACCAUCAUGAUGCAGCGUCCCAGCUCCCCGAGUUCGCUGUUCAAAUUCCUCACCGUGCUGGAGACGAAUGUGUGGCUGUGCAUUCUGGCAGCCUAUUUCUUUACCAGCUUCUUGAUGUGGGUCUUUGAUCGCUGGAGUCCGUACAGCUAUCAGAACAAUCGCGAGAAGUACAAGGAUGAUGAGGAGAAGCGUGAGUUCAAUCUGAAGGAGUGCCUGUGGUUUUGCAUGACUUCGUUGACGCCCCAAGGAGGUGGCGAGGCACCCAAGAAUUUGUCCGGGCGACUGGUGGCUGCCACUUGGUGGCUCUUUGGCUUCAUCAUCAUUGCCUCGUACACCGCCAACUUGGCUGCCUUUCUCACCGUCUCCCGUUUGGACACGCCCGUCGAGAGCUUGGAUGAUCUGGCCAAGCAAUACAAAAUCCUCUAUGCUCCGCUCAAUGGCUCCUCGGCCAUGACGUACUUUGAGCGCAUGGCCAACAUUGAGCAGAUGUUCUAUGAGAUCUGGAAGGAUCUGUCGCUGAACGAUUCACUCACGCCGCUGGAGCGCUCCAAGCUGGCUGUCUGGGAUUAUCCUGUGAGCGAUAAGUACACCAAAAUGUGGCAGGCCAUGCAGGAGGCAGCACUGCCAGCCACCCUCGAUGAGGCAGUGGCAAGGGUCCGAAACUCUACAGCUGCCACGGGCUUUGCCUUCCUCGGAGACGCCACGGAUAUACGGUACUUGCAGCUGACCAACUGCGAUUUGCAGGUGGUGGGCGAGGAGUUCUCCCGCAAGCCCUACGCCAUAGCUGUGCAGCAGGGCUCACAUCUGAAGGAUCAGUUUAAUAAUGCCAUCUUGACGCUGCUCAACAAACGCCAGCUGGAGAAGCUCAAGGAAAAGUGGUGGAAGAAUGAUGAGGCGCAGGCCAAGUGCGACAAGCCGGAGGAUCAAUCGGAUGGCAUAUCCAUACAGAACAUUGGCGGCGUCUUCAUUGUCAUCUUUGUGGGCAUUGGCAUGGCCUGCAUUACGCUCGUCUUUGAGUAUUGGUGGUAUCGCUAUCGCAAGAAUCCGCGCAUCAUUGACGUAGCCGAGGCCACAACAGCAGACCAGUCGCAUCUCAAAGACGUUGGCUCUGGCAAGCUGGUCGAAGGCGUCAUUUUAGGCAAUUCGGGCGAGAAGUUUGAAAAGUCAAAUGCUGCACUGCGUCCACGUUUUAAUCAGUAUCCGGCCACUUUUAAGCCACGUUUUUAGGAGAACUCUAAUUAAUAUGUAGUUUAACGCGCACGGAGAAUGUCUACGUUUAGCAAUUAAGUCCAUUUGGUGCACUUUGCGCACUUUUAUUCAAUUCGUAAUAAAUGUUUUGC